GUGUAAUCCAACCCGCUUGGCUGACAUGGUUUUCCUAUUUCUGAUCAUGCAUCUGAAUAUCAGUUAUAUUUGGGACUCUCUGCUCGUCUGGUCGAAAUGGAUGCCAUACUAAAAAUUAUCUUGUUGCUCAGCUUUUAUUUAAUUGCUGCAAAUAUACACUAUACAUUGUGUGAUGAUGUACCAUCCGCCGAAGCCGACACAGUUGUAACUGAAAGUGAAGAGCACUACACCGCAUCAGAUGACUUCGACUUUUAACCCAUACACACACAGCCCAAUAAAGCCCAAUCAUUUGUAAAUAAAUAAAUUAUCUUUCAGCACCGUG